AUGGCAGCCUCAACUUAGGAAGUGGCAAUAUUGGUUUUUAUAAAAUCGUUCAUUUCGUGUAUAUAAAUGCACGGAUUAUCUUUCAAUGAAGGAGGAGCAUAUGUAAUUAAAUAAGGACAAAAUAAAUUCAAUUUAGAGGAUUAUAAAAAAAUAAUGAAGUUGGUAGAUGGGAUAUUCAUUCAUUUUUCCAAGGAGUUGUGCAAAUUUUAAUUUACAAGACCUAAGAUAAAUGACAGUGCUAAGUAUCUAAUAGAUAUUAUUUAUGGAAAUCUUUUCUAUAUUUUUUCAAGAGAAUUUAGGAAUAGAAAAAAAGUAGGUAGAUGGGAUACUUUUUAUAGUGGAGGAUAAUACUAAGAGAGAGGUUAACUCUAUCAAGAUUGUAAUGUGGAUUGACUUAAAUAAAGGAUUUUAUGGCCGGACAUAAGUUACUAAUUAAGGUGAAUAAAAAAAUGGAAUUAAAUAGGCAGAUAGAUAUUGCAAACAGGAAAAGUGAGCUCGAAAGUUUCAAAUAGAUGUAAGUAAAUAUUAAAUUUUAGUAGUGGAAGUUGA